AUGAAGGAGGCCGAGAAAGAACUGAACAAUUUGGCCUUGCGCAAAUUUCAGUUGGCUUCGGAAUUCCUAUCGCUAAAUCAACAAGUCGAAAAUGUUUUAUGUAAAUACCGUUAUAACUUAUCAAAAACGAAAUCAGUUGUUGGAUUAGCAGCAACUAGUGUAGCAUUUGUCGAUAAUCGCGAGCUUGAACCAAUUGUUCGGUGGGUUUUUAGAGCUCAAUUUUAA